GGCUAUUCUUUCUCUCUUUCUUCCUCUUCCCUGCCAACAUUCAUUAUCUCGUCUUUUUACCAAUAUCACUGAAAAGGUCUAUUUGAACCUCUCUUCUUUGAUUAUUUAUAAGCACUAGUGAUCAGCUUGAGUGAAGUAUCAUUCAUUCAUCUUCUGGUUCACUCUCCUUACCGGCAACCGUCUCUGGCAAUCGUCACUCUUUCUCGUGCUUCAUCAUCAUGGUCACCGCUGCAGAAUUGCAAGCUUUACAUCAACAAGCUCAACAACAAUCCGCAAAUGAUGCUCCUUUAGUGGACCCUUUUCCAGCUUUGCGAGAAGCAGAUCCAUUUCCUGCUCCUAAACCGCAAAACGUUAUUGGCACAUCUACCAGCACCAUCGUCACAAACGGUGCCCCAAACGGUCACUCUGUCUCUAGCACUACCCGUACUUCUACUACCGCUCAACAACCAGACUUUGAAUCGCAAAGCUCUUUCCCUUCUUUAGGUGCAAGUGCUCCUUCCGCCAAAGGUCAAUGGGCUCAAAAACCCGCCGCUGUAGGAUCUGCAUCGAAUUGGUCAGCCAACGCUCCCGUUAUUCAACGUACGUAUCAUCAAGAAUCCCUCUCAAUUCCUAGCUCUGAAGAAACUUCUGCAAAGCUCGGUCAAAUCAUUCAACGUGUCCAAAACAAGCACAAGGAUGUAAAGGUACAAGCUUCAACUACCCGUAAAUUAACUACAUUUGUCGUCAAAGGAACCAAUGAAGCCUCUGUCCGAGCUGCAAAGCGUGAAUUGACUGUCGGUUUGGCUCGCAAUGUCACCCUCUCAUUGACAAUUCCAGCCUCUUUGCGUGCAUUCGUGAUCGGACAAAAGGGAAAGAAUUUGAAGAAUAUCACUGAUCAAACUGGCGUUCGCAUCAAUAUCCCAAAAUCGGACAAUGAGACAGCUACACCUGCUGGCCGCCCUGCAGCUGAUUUCGACUAUGAUACUGAUGAACAGAUUCAAGUAACCAUCGAUGGUGACGAGGUCAAUGCUCGUCAAGCAAAGGACAUGUUAUCCGCCAUCGUUGCUGAGCGCACUUCCCGUACCACUCAACGUUUGACGCAUAUCGAUCACAUCUUUUACCCUUUCAUUGCUGGACCAAAGAACGCAAACGUUGCCAAGUUGGAAGAACAUGGAGAAGUUACUGUAAAAGUACCUCCUCGUGCUGCUUUCCUGCCACCUCGUGAAGCCGACGUCGAAUCAACAGAACCCAAGCGUGAAAGAGACUUGAGCAUCAUCAUCAGUGGUGACCGCGACGUUGUGGCCAAGGUUGCUCAAGCCAUCGAAGCGCAAGUUGACGAGAUGCGACAACUUUUCCGCACAUUGCAAAUUAGCAUCCCAAAACGACAACAUAGAUUCUUAGUAGGUGAUGCUGCUCAAGAUAUCUUAUCAUCUACUGGUUGCAGCAUCGAAUUGGCACCGAUCGAUGACCCAUCUGACAGCGUCACCAUCCGAGGUCCCCAAGGUCAAUUACCUCUCGCUUUGACAGCUGCAAUGGAAAAAGCUAACGCUGUCCGAGUCGAAGUUGUGGACGUAGGUGCAGCUCAUAGAGAUGUGGAACAUGCAAAGACUUUGCUCCGCUGGCUCAGCGUGAGCGGUAAGCUACCUCGCGAGCAGAGCGUGCAGGUUUACCUUCCCCGUUCAGCAAUUGUUGAGUCUUCUGGUUUGGCACACAUCGAAGUGGUAGGAGCUGAUGCGAAUGCAGUCACACGUGUCCGAGGAGAGUUAGACGCAUUGGUGAAAAACAUUCCUCCCUCAUUCGUUUCCGGUGUAGACAUCGAUCCUCUUUUGCAUAGAUUCAUCAUUGGCAAAAAGGGAGCAGGACUUUCUCAGUACGCAAAGAAAGGUGUAGAUGUAAUCUUCCCUCCCGUCACCGAUGCAUCAGUUUCUGAUGGUCGAUCAGAUGUCGUCAUCGUUCUUGGAGAUGCAAAUGUGAUCGGCGGCCUUCCGAAAGACAAAAAGUCUCGCGACACUGCAGCUGCUUCAAUCCUGUCGCAAGUAAAGGCUGACAUUGAGGCUGCCGGAAAGCAAGCAGCUGAUCUCAAGACGGAAACACUUUCCAUUCCUGCCAAGUUCCAUCGUACGAUCUUGGGUCCUGCAGGUACAACACUUAAUGCCAUUCUGGGUGAAGAACGUCUUGCAGCUGUCAAAUUUGGAUCAUCUGCAUCUACUACUGGUAAAACCUCCACUAAAGAGGAAGAUGCUGUGAUCAUUCGUGGUCCUAGCUCAGAGGUAGAGCGUGUGGUCAAAGCUAUUCAGACGAUCGCAAAAGAGGCAGAAGAGGAUGCUGUCGUCAAUGGACACACUGUUGAGCUCACCAUCAACUCCCAAUAUGUUCCUCACAUUGUCGGACGAGGUGGUUCGGGUGUGACCAAAUUGAGAGAAGAUCUUGGUGUGAAGAUCGACUUUGGAGACGCAAAUGGUUCUGCUGGUGCAAAUGGAACAGCUGCAGUCAAGAAAGCAGCUAAAGUACCCGUGGUAAUUGUCGGACGCAAAGAGAAUGCUGAAGAAGCCAAAAAGCGCAUCUUGAGCUUGGUAGAUAAACUGGCAGAUGAAGCAACAGUAACAAUCAACGUGCCCGCAAGCUUACAUGGUUCGAUCAUUGGACAAGGAGGAAAAUACGUGACCAGAUUGCAAGACAAUUACGGUGUCCGCAUCAACUUCCCUUCUCAAUCUGCCAACGAUGACGUCAAAGGUGAUAAACCUCAAAAGCCAGACGAAGUUGUUAUCAAAGGUGGAAAGAAGGGUGUUGAAGGCGCUAAAGCUGAAUUACUUGAGUUGAUUGAAUACGAAAAGGAGAACAAUAACGUCAUCAAUGUGCCUGUCAGUACAAAGAGUAUCGCUAGAAUUAUGGGCAAAGGUGGUGCAAAUGUGAACCGGAUUCGUGAUGAAACCGGAGCGCAAAUCGAUGUUGAUCGUGAAGACGCUUCUGGCACUGCUGGCGACACCACAAACAUUCGUCUUCGCGGAACAAAGAAAGCAAUUGCUGAAGCUAAAGCCGCCGUUCUUGCCGUUGCCGCCGAUGUGGAUUCAGAGUCAUCCUUUGCCGUUUCCAUUCCUUCCAGAUUCCAUGCCCAAUUGAUUGGUCCUGGUGGACAAAACCUUCGUGAUAUCAUCACUCGCGCUGGAGGUGACGCCGAGUCAAAAUCUGCCACUCAAUUGAUUCAAUUCCCACGUAGAGGAGCAAGUGCAGAUCAAGCAGAUACCGUCACAGUACGCGGACCUGCUGCUUUGGCUGCUAAAGUCAAGGAAGAGCUUGAGCGGAUAGCAGGAGAAUUGCAAAGUAGAAUUGUAAUCGGUGUUUCUGUUCCAGUUGGUCAACACCGUUCAUUGAUGGGAAAAAUACGUGAAUUGCAAGCCACUCAUCCUUCCACGCGAAUCAUUGUUCCUGGCUGGCGCGAAUAUGAUCAAUUGGAGAUCAGCAAUGCAGCAGAAUUGUCUUCGUCAUCUCCUGAAUCGAUUGUAAAGGUUCAAGGAUCAAAGACAGCAUGUGAAUCCAUCAAAGAAGAAAUUCGUGAUUCUUUCAUUGCAAAUUCGCAAGCUAUCAAAAUCUCUCGUCCCAUUGCUGCAAAACUCGCCAGCGGAUCCACCAUUCGCAGAUUGCGCAAUGAGUACGGUGUAUCUGUAGAUGCUCCAAGAGCCAAUGCCGGCAAUGGAGAUCAAACAGCCGCUUCAUCUGCUAAGCCACCUGCUGGAACUGCAGCCCGUAUUGAUGAUGACGUUGGAGAAGAUGAUGUCGAUUCUUUGCCAUUCGAAUUGAGCAAGAUCGACUUGCAAUCGUCAUCAGAUCAAAUCACCUGGACAUUAUCGAGCAGAUCUGCAGUGUCUCUACAAGAUGCCGUCCAAGAUUUGGAAAGUGAAGUGAAACGCAUGCAAGCCUUUACAUCUCAAGCUCGCCUUUGGGUCGAUCAAAGAGCUAUUCCUCGUAUUGUCGGUAGAGGAGGUGCCGGAUUGAGAGAGAUUGAAGCUCAAACAGAAGCAAGCAUCGAAAUUCCGCGUGAUCAAGGUGGUUUGGUGAUCAUCAUGGGAACAGAUGAAAGUGUGGAAGAUGCUCGUCAAAGUAUCGCAAGGAUUGCAUUGCAAGGCGGCAGGAAUCGUGAUUGAUUGAAAGUAGCAGCAACAAAAUGUAUAUAAUCAACAGACACUCCGUUCAUAAUUUAGUAUUUGUCUUCUUCAAUACAAUACCUUAGAAAUCGAUGUGCAAUCGUAAAUGAAUGAGAAACUU